CAUCAGUGGUGUGGACAUCCAGACGUCACUAUGGGUGAAAGAAAAGGAACAAACCACUACUACCCUCCGGAUUUUGAUCCAGCCAAGCAUGGAUCCCUCAAUGGCUACCAUAAAACUCACCCUCUGCGGGAGAGGGCCAGGAAGCUGUCCCAGGGCAUCCUCAUUAUCAGGUUUGAGAUGCCGUACAACAUCUGGUGUGAUGGCUGCAAAAAUCACAUCGGCAUGGGGGUCCGUUACAACGCAGAGAAGAAGAAAGUGGGGAACUACUACACCACGCCGAUCUACAGGUUUAGGAUGAAGUGCCACCUGUGCGUUAACUACAUUGAGAUGCAGACGGACCCGGCGACCUGCGACUACGUGAUCGUGAGCGGGGCGAACAGGAAGGAGGAGCGCUGGGACAUGGCUGAAAACGAGCAGAUACUCACCACAGAGCGGACAGAGAAGGAGAAGCUGGAGACGGAUGCCAUGUACAAGCUGGACCAUGGCGGGAAAGACCAGGAGAAGCUGAAGAAGGCUCUGCCGUCACUGUCGGAGAUUCAGGACCACCAGUCCAGCUGGAAGGACGACUUCCAGCUCAACAGCGCCCUCCGCAGGAAGUUCAGAACAGAGAAGAAAGUUUUCGCUGAGCAGGAAGAGAAGGACAACGCGGUGAGGAUGAGGACCAACCUGUCCAUCCCACUGCUGCCGGAGAAAGAGGAGGACAAGAAACUGGCAGCACUGCUCACCUACCAGGCGCCCGACUCAUAUGAAGACAAGAAGCACAGCAAGCGGAAACAGAUCUCCUCUCGUUCCUGGUUCAACCCCUCCUCUGCCUCACCAGGGGGCGCUGCUGGCAGUCUUCUCCACAAGCUGGGCCUGCAGGGGAAAGAAGCGGCGGUGGCCAAAGCCCUGGGCGUCUCCCACAGCCCCCUGAUCCGCAGACGCUCGGGAGGGUCCGGAGUCAAAACUGAACCGUGUGUCAUCGUAGCCCGCAGGAAGUCAGACUGUGAAGCGAACACGUGCGACAAAGAGGUUUUAAAGAUCACACAGAAGGAGGAGGCGUCGGGAAUGGUAUCAACACAAGCAGGACAGGAAGUAAGAAAUGACAGUGGAUCCACGGAGGAGGCGAGUAAAGAACUGACAGGAGCGGAGGAGGACUCUGGGGAGAAAAAGGAGCAGGACAGAAGUUUUGGAGCAGUCACAUCUCUGGUGGCAGAUUACAGCGACUCAGAUUCAGACCCUGGACAAUGAGGAGCCUCGGACUGAUCAGAACAGAAAUAUUGAACAAAAUAUGUAAAAUAAGAUUAUAAUUUUAAGUUUGGUGAAGGAUUCAUUGUUAUACAUGUGUUUAUGAUGACAGAGUGACGGAGGUUUGGACCCUGUUAAUCAGAUCUCACCUUAAAAUGUUUGGUCAUAUUGAUUUUCUGAGUGAUGAGUCAAUAAAACUGUAAGGAAGCUUG